AUGCCUCUCGAAGAAGGAAAUUACUUCAUCUCUUACCAUACAUUUCCUGGGGAUUACCCCAUUGCUCGUCGCCUGAUUGACGACGGUACUUAUCCCAAAGCGGUUGUCAAGCAUGCUGAGCCCAUUCCACCCGAAUUUGCAAUGUGGAAGGUCCAGCCAAUUUUGAAGCCCAACACAUUCUUUUUAUGGAACGGGGACAAACCCGCUGCCUGCAUCGAUAACUUGGUCUGGUUGAAAGAAGAAGGUCCGCAGGUAUGGGUUAUUGAACCUGGUCCUUCGCCGGGAACAUAUGUUAUCCUGUCGGAUGAUAAGAAAUUUGGAUGGGUGGUUCCUGACGGCACCGGAGACAAAGAUCAGGUCGGAUGUCGUGAUGACGCUGAGCCAUCUUGGUUCCAUAUUGUUCCUGCUGAUCCUCAGGAAUGA